AUGCCACCUGUUCAACAAUAUCAAUAUGCUGCUCAGCAACCGUCAAACUUUGAAAAAUUCAAAAUGGGUGCCAUAAUGGGUUCCACUGUGGGAGUCUGUGUUGGUGUCUUAUUUGGAGGGUUUUCUAUCUUACAAAAUGGUGCUGGACCAAAUGGUGUGAUGAGAACAUUAGGUCAAUAUAUCAUGGGUUCAGUCGGUACAUUUGGUUUGUUUAUGUCUAUUGGAUCUGUGAUCAGAUCGGACGCAGAUUUCCAAGCAUACCAAAGAGCCAUGAUGCACUCGCAACAAGCUAAAUUGAGAGCUAUUUACAGAAAUGAAUAG